CUGAGCAAGCGGAGAAUUCACUUUAGAGUCUAAGGAAACAAAGUUCCUUAAAGGAACCCGCCCCCUUCCUUUUCAGGAUAGUGGCAUUUGCCUAUUGUUCUCUGAACAGCAAGUCUUCACUUGCUAGGCACUGGACUUGUUUGACAAGAACCAUAUCCAUGAAACCAAUUUAUUGUGGACGCAAAAUGACUUCAUUGAAAUAAGAAAGCAAGUAACGUAGGAUAACUUGGAGGAACAAAAAGGCACUUUCUCUGUCUUUUGGAUAUGGGCGUGCAACAGUAUGGUGGCUGUUUGAGUUGCUUGUUAAUACCUCUUGCGCUUUGGAGCAUUGUUAUAAAUAUCCUGCUAUAUUUUCCUGAUGGCAAAUCUCUAUAUGCCUCCAGUAACAACCUCACCAACUAUGUGUGGUAUUUUGAAGGGAUCUGUUUCUCUGGAAUAAUGAUGCUUGUGUUGGCAGUUCUUUUAAUAAUUCUGGAUCAAGACACCUUUCAUAAAUGCUGCCAAAAUGAGAGCUGCACUAGAACAUACAGGCGUUUCAUUUCAGUUGUACUUGCCCUGCUAGGGAUUGCAUUUUCUGGAUACAGUCUGAUAAUAUCUACUCUGGGCUUAGUUCAAGGGCCAUACUGCAGAACUUCAGCUGGCUGGGAAUAUGCCUUCAAGGAUACUGCAGGCCGCUACCUCAUGGACCAAACGUUCUGGUCUCAAUGCUCUGAACCUACUUACGUAGUAGAGUGGAACAUCAUUUUUUUUUCUAUCCUGAUAGCUCUUAGUGGACUCCAAAUACUGAUCUGUUUUCUGAAAGUAAUUGCUGAGCUAAAAAGUAUAUUGUGUGGAACCUAUCCUGUCUUUGUACAGCCUGCAAAGAUUUGACAAUCUCAUAAUAUUCAGGAAGAGAAAAGGGUGAUCCAAAUCUUGGAGCUAAUACAUUAUGAAAAUCAAAGAAACAUAGGCAUUGGACAUGGAUAUAGAAACAGCAGAUCACUUCUUUCCAUUAUUGACAGUUAAAAAUGAAACAGAAGAUCAUUUAAUUCAUGCUUGAUUUUCUUCUGAGAGGAGACAGAAGAAACAAUGGGAUGAGAAAACAGAAAAGUUACAAGUUGGGACCCCUGGGAAAUUUGGGGUAAAGCAAUUGCACAAUAAAGUUCUUCUUUGGAUCUUCACUCACAGAUGCCAACAUGCUUGAUAUCUCUAUGUGAUUUUGCAUGCACGUGCACACACACACUGUGAUGUAAGGAAGGAUUCCUAUAGUUUUUUUCCCCAUAUGUAAAUUUAAAAGCUUAACAAAAUUCUUAGAAAGUUAACAGUUUCUGGAAUAUCCACAUUCUCUUAUUGUUCCCAAUCCUUCUCCUUCUCCCUUAGGUGUCCUAUAUAUUUCAACUGUGAACCCCGCACUGCAGGAGGUUUUUAUAUAUGCAUAUUUUAAAGCAUAUGGUAUAUUGUUGAUGCGCCUUGAAUAAAUAUUUGAUCAUACAACUGUG